UCAGCCCCGCGCCCCGUCGCCCUCGGUCGGCACCGUCGGUAGUUGCCGCCUCAGAAGUUGGGGCCGGCCCCGGGUGGAGGGAGCGCGAUGCCCGGCGGUGCCGCCGCCGCGGCGGCCGCUCGCUGAGGCGCUCCCAUGGUGCCAGCACCCGCCGCGGGGGCUGCGCCCGCCGCCGCCCGCCGAAACUUGGGGGAAGUUUCUGAGCGAGUCGGUGCUGGGAUGGCUGGAGAAGGUCGCAUUUUGCAGUUGAGCUGAGGGAGGCGUGAAGCAUCAUCCAUCCCCUGCUGACAUUUGAGAAUUAGAGGUAUGGAUCUUCGGCAUCUGCUGCUUACUUUGGUGCUGGUCUGUGCAAAUGACUCACUUUCUGCAAGUGAUGAUGUUUUGCGAUUGCCACAAAUCAGCAAGUGCAGAUCACCUGAACUGGAGACGUUUUCAUGUUAUUGGACUGACGGAAAUUUUUAUAACCUCAGUGCUCCAGGAACAAUACAACUAUUGUACAUGAAAAGGAAUGAUGAAGACUGGAAAGAAUGUCCUGAUUAUAUCACUGCAGGAGAAAACAGCUGUUAUUUCAACACGUCCUACACCUCUAUUUGGAUACCAUAUUGUGUUAAGCUUGUCAAUAAAGAUGAAGUAUUUGAUGAAAAAUGUUUCAGCGUUGAUGAAAUAGUACUACCUGACCCCCCUGUCCAUCUUAACUGGACUCUGCUAAAUACUAGUCAAACUGGGAUCCAUGGGGAUAUUCAAGUAAGAUGGGAUCCGCCACCAACAGCAGAUGUUCAGAAGGGAUGGAUUACUCUGGAGUAUGAAUUGCAGUACAAAGAAGUUAAUGAGACAAAAUGGAAGGAGUUAGAACCCAGGCUCUCAACAAUGGUUCCACUGUACUCUCUGAAGAUAGGAAGAGAUUAUGAGAUACGAGUCCGAUCAAGACAACGUACCUCUGAAAAAUUUGGGGAGUUCAGUGAAAUCCUUUAUGUAUCUUUUUCUCAAGCGGGCAUUGAAUUUGUUCAUUGUGCUGAAGAAAUUGAGUUUCCAUGGUUCUUAGUUGUUAUCUUCGGAGCAUGUGGUCUGGCCGUAACAGUGAUCUUAAUCCUGCUGUCUAAACAAUCGAGGUUAAAAAUGCUGAUUUUUCCUCCUGUGCCAGUUCCAAAGAUUAAAGGGAUUGACCCAGAUCUUUUGAAGAAAGGAAAGCUAGAUGAAGUUAACUCCAUCUUAGCCAGUCAUGACAAUUACAAGACACAGCUGUACAAUGACGACUUAUGGGUUGAGUUUAUUGAAUUGGACAUAGAAGACCCCGAUGAAAAGAACAGAGUCUCAGAUACUGACAGGCUCCUGAGUGAAGACCAUCUGAAAUCACACAGUUGCUUGGGAGCGAAGGAUGAUGAUUCUGGACGUGCCAGUUGCUGUGAACCAGAUAUUCCAGAGACAGACUUCAGUGCAAGCGACACAUGCGAUGCCAUCUCUGAUAUUGAUCAGUUCAAAAAGGUAACUGAAAAAGAAGAGGAUCUCUUGUGCCUUGGUAGAAAAGAUAAUGAUGAGUCACUUCCAAGCCUUGCCAACACAGACACCCAACAGCCGCGUAUGAGUACUCGACCCGAAAAUAGCCAGCCAUGGCCACCUUUUGCAGACAGCAUUGACGCAGCUAGUCCAUCGGCCCAUAACCAGCUGAGUAACCAGAAUUCAUUGACAAAUACUGACUUUUACGCGCAAGUGAGUGAUAUUACCCCAGCAGGCAGUGUUGUGCUUUCACCAGGGCAGAAAUCCAAGGUGGCGAGAGCACGGUGUGAAGGCUGCACAGAACAAAACUUCACCCUGGACAAUGCCUACUUCUGUGAGGCAGAUGUGAAAAAAUGUAUUGCUGUGAUUUCCCACGAAGAGGAUGAGCCACGUGUUCAGGCGCAAAUCUGUAACGAGGACACUUACUUCACCACAGAAAGCCUUACCACUACUGGCAUCAGUCUUGGAGCUUCAACAGCAGAAACCCCAAGUCCAGAGGUGCCUGUCCCAGACUACACGUCUAUUCAUAUCGUCCACUCUCCACAAGGCCUUGUGCUCAACGCAACCGCACUGCCUGUGCCUGACAAGGAAUUCAACAUGUCUUGUGGCUACGUGAGCACAGACCAGCUGAACAAAAUCAUGCCAUAGCUCUUCUUUGACUAGAUGUGUGUAGUAUUUCACAGCAGAGUCAGCUCGGGCUUGUAUGCUGAAACCAAAAUGAAGUCUAAAAGUUUCUCGUGGUUCUUAUAAUUUUAUCUGAAAUGUUGCAACAUGAAAUAUUCAUCAAAAUAUUCCUAUUGUGUUCUGUAAAUAUUAUCUAUGAAUUUGUCUUGAGAAUGUUUUACUAGCAGUGACUGUCUUGUGGGUGUUGAUUUUUGUGAUACUAAAGAUUGAAAUGACUAUGUUUAAUGUACAGUAAAUCAUGCAUUUUGAUAAAGCUAAAAAUCAGGUGGUUUAAAGUCUAAGAAUUUAGUAAAAACUGUGCUGUUGGCAGACAUCUUUAUAUCAGUAAUUGGGAACUGAACGUAUAGGUGAAAAAAGGUAACUUGAAUAAAUAACACAUCUAUUUUGAUUUUUAUAAAUUAAUAGAAUAUAUUUUAAUAUUUUAGUCAUAAAAACAUAAAGGUUUUCUAUUACACUACACACUGUAGUAAAUUACGAUGACCCAUCUAAGGAACAUAAUUGCUGCAAUCUAAAAAAGAAGUUUUCUGGUUUUUAAAAGUUUUGUUUGCAGCAAAACGAGAAAAUAGAUUUUUACAGAGCCAUUUUAUACCUCCAAAUAAACCUGUAGAGAAAUUUUGAAAUAUUAUAGAAACUUAAAGUAACUGAUUCUAUACUUUCUUACGGUAAUUGAUAUAGAAAUAUACAUUCAAUUUGAAGUUUUGUAGAAAACUUUAAAAUACACAAAAUAUUUUGGCAAAUUAUUCUGUUCUUCAUCAGAUUCUGGUUAAUUCUAACAAUAUAGUUUUUUAUAAGCAAAAUUUUGUUGACCACAGUGUUACACUGUGUGCAACUAUACUUUCACAGAAAAUUUUUGAGAAGACGUGACUUAAGCUCUGGUGACUUAGCAGCAUAAUCUCUUCACAUUUGACCAACUUCUGAAGCCCUCCUACGGCCAAAGGUAUCAUUACAUUUAUUAGUUCACAUCACAUAAGUCUUGAUUAAAAAAAUAAGGACUUCAGGAGUUAGCCAGCAGGUCAUUUUUAAAGAUACAACAGGAUUAAAAUACUUAAGUGGAACAAGGGAAUCGAAUACAGUAUUGUUCAAAAGUGGUUUUCGCUUUUGCAGCCUAACAGCAUCUCUUCUGACCACAUUAGGCAGACUUUCAGAAGGAAGGGAGAGAAAACCAAAACUCAGUGGGGAAGCUCUCUUUGUUGUUACGUAUGUUAAGAACUUGACGGAGCUUUGCAGUGAGCUUUGCUUCAGAAGUUACCUUCCUAGGCCAUGGUUGCACCAUAGCAGGUUUCUUCUUUGAAAGCAAAUAGGGACACUCAUUUCAUUUCUGUAACCUGAACAGAGGUUUGUGAAGCACAGUGAAUGCAGGUCUUGCUCAUGGUGUCUCCCACUGAACUCACUGAUGCUCUCUUUGUGACCAAGGGGUACAGGACUGGGCCCAGCUAUUGGGUGGGAUUUUUAAGUUUAGGAUGUACUUUAUGGUAAAUGUGCAUUAGAUAUUCUGCUAAUUUGCUGCUAUAUUUUUCUAACAGCUACAUGAUUUAGUUUCAUAUAAAAUUUCAUAGAUGAUAGACACUAAUGCAAGUAACGCCUAUGUGUGUGUUUGGAACAAGUUUCUUACUCUGUUUCUAUUGCCAAAAAUAGUUAAAUACCUCAAUCAAACUCAGAAUGUCAUUUUGGUACUUUACUGGUCACACAAGCCAUUAUACGCUGGUCAGAAGAUGUGUCUUUCAGUUUCUAUUUAACUUCAUGUCAGUGUUUUGUUUGUUUUUCUUGAAGUUUAAUAAAUGUAUUGUCUUUGA